UCCCGCCGGAACGCGCGUCCGCUGCAACCGAAAAUAAACCUUGAAAGUGUUUGAGACAUUGUAUCGAAGAUUUAGAUCUAAUCGUGCGAAAGUUCGCAGUGAUGUGGCGGCAAUGUAUACUGCUUACAGUAGUAAUGGCUGUAUCAACGGCAAUUGAACUAACUGACGAGCAGUACUACCAGAUGCCGAAGCUGUUCCAGCUGGAUGACUACGGGGAAUGCCUUUCAAGCCGCCGCGGUGCCUUCUGCCUCGGCACCUUCGACCUGCUGCCUUACAAGAACGAUAAACUCCUCGAUAUUGUCAAGCAAUUCUCCGCAGAUAAAUUCCACUUCAACCACACACACAUCCACCGCGGGUUCUGCCUCUCCCAACGAUGUUCUCACCUCACCGACCUGUCCCUCAAGCCACGCUUCGAAAAGUGUGUGAAUGAGGCCACGAUCUCCCAAUACGGGUUGGAGACCAACCUCACCAGGCUGGAGUACUGUAAGCUGGGCAGCCGGCCGCGCACCAGACCUGUGGAUAGGCUGGACAUGGCCUUCGCGUAUUGCGUGGGUGUUAUACUCCUGUGCAAUAUUGUUGGAACGGCUUAUGAUGUGCUCCGGAACCCUGAAAAUAAACCCAACCGCUACCUGCUGACGUGGUCGCUGGUGACGAACUGGAGACGCUUGACAGCUGACUAUGACGAUGGAGAUCCGAGGCUAGCAGCGCUGAAACCCGUCCAGGGGAUGAAGGCUAUCACGUUAAUAUUGAUAAUGAUGGCGCAUUCAGUGCUUUCGUACUACACGACCUACUUGCACAACCCGCACUUCCUCGAAAAAGCCGGCCACCAUCUCCUCUCGUCGUACUUUCAGAACGGCUCGUGUAUAGUCCACACCUUCAUCAUGGUGUCCAACUUCCUCCUGGCGUACAACAUACUACUGCACUCGGACGCCAACCCCAAGAAGCAGCUGGGGUUGAGGAUACUGCCGCAGGUGUUGAUGCAUCGGAUUGUUAGGAUAACCCCAGUGUAUCUGUUCGUGCUCGGCGUGGCGACCACCUGGUGGUCACACUUCGGCGAUGGGCCGAUGUGGUCACCACUGAUAGAAGGCGAGUGCCACCGCUGCCGGGAGAAGUGGUGGGCACAGCUGCUCUACAUCAACAACUUCUACCGGCCUGACUUCAAGUGCCUCAUACACACCUGGUUUCUAGCAGUAGACAUGCAGCUGUACGUAGUAUGCGCGAUGCUGGUAUUAGCCCUGGGCCGGCGUCCGAAGCUGGCGCUGCGAGUGUUGGCGACCCUGCUGGCGUGCUCGGUGCUCGCCAACCUCGCCAUCAUCGUUAACUGGCAACUCAGGCCGAUGGUUACACUUAUGUUCCCCGAAUACAUGCGGCUGCAAUUCGAAGGCGAGCCCUCGUUCAAGUGGCUGUACUCCGCGCCGUGGGACAGUCUGCCGGCAGCUCUGAUCGGACUCUUUGUCGCGUUCCUCCACUUCACGCUGCAGAAGAGUGGCUGCAAGCCUGACCAAUACUUGGUGAUCCGCAUCCUGUACCGUGUGACCAUCCCGUUGAUGUUCCUGUGGGUGCUAAGCGGUUUUUGGAUGAAGCGCGCGUCGGCGCCGUGGCUGGUGUGGUUGUACGCGUCGCUGGACCGGCCCGUCUUUAUCUCGCUCACCGCCUUUGCCAUGUUCUGCUUCUUUAAUAAAGUUGAUAGUCUAGUAUGGCGGUUCCUGUCGUGGCGCGGCUGGGAGAUCCUGGGCCGCAUGUCGCUGUCGGUGUACUUGCUGCACUGGCUCUACGCGCUCACGCAGCUAGCUCUGCGCGCGCACGCCUCGCCCGCCUCCUUGCACGAGAUCGGCGGGCACUGGCUGUGGACGAUAUUCGUAACGUACUUCACUGCGGUGCCUCUACAUCUGUUGGUAGAGCUUCCCAUGCAGAAAUUCCUCCAGACGCUCCUCUCAUAAAAAAAGUUUUUUUAGACUAAGGAAGUAAAGUACAACCUGGGAAGCAUUUCAACUUAGAUAGGUAGAAUUAUGGUGUUGUUUAUUAUAAUUAAAUAAAUGGUAGAGUUUAAUAGGUAAUUAAUACAAACACGGCUUGACUCGUAACUGCACUCGCCAUCUUAGAUGUAAAGUCACAUAAUGCCCAGUAACUACUGACUGGUAGGUACCUCUCCAGAUAAUUAACUUUACUUAGUAUAUAUUUUUUAAAUUAAUGAAAAUAACUAAACAUGUUUGCAUAAAAUUACUAAUUGUAUAAAAUAAAGUGUUUGUGUGGUAGAAAUACGUUCGUUGUUAAGGUGAAACCAGCUGUGAUAAAUUAUUUAAAAUGUAUGAGAAACGUCGAUUACUAAAGAUGUAACAUAAGACAACAAUAAAAAAUAUUAAAAACAAUUUUAAAUAAAACGUGGGAUUUUAUUUUAUUAUAUCCUUAAUUAUUUAUGAACAGUUCAAAGAGAUAGAGUCGGAUAAGCUUCGGUAAUGAAUUACGUUUAAUACUUACUUGAAACCAAUUAUAUUUUUAUAACCUAAAUUAUGUACUUAAAUAAUAAUAUCGUCUUUGUAGGUGGAGAAAUAAAUAUAUUCAAAUAAUAUAUAUUUUGUUGUAGAAAAAGU